AUGAAUAGGUGCAACUUGGUUUAUACACCGUUGCAACUCUGUAGGGGUACUGAGCCGUUAGAUGCACAGUCCGAAGGAGUCCCAUGGUGCUGCGAUAAAACAAUGCUUGAGGUAUCUACAAGGCACGAACAGUCUUGGUUUGACAUUCCAACGUAUACCGAAGCUUGUUGGCUACAGCGACAGUGUUUUAAUAUUGAUCCUGAUGACGCUGAGGUUAUGGCUGCAACUAAAGCUGGAAGACAAGUGUUAUGGCUUCAAGAGUCACUAAGCGAGGUCACGGGUCAUCCAUGUGAGAAGAUGCAGUUUGCAGAGGUGAUCUGUAUCAGUUCUCGAAGUACUAUAGGAGGUACUACAGGCGUGUGUCAUGAAGUUGAAGCUAAAUGGGAGUUCGGGUGUAUGAACUUGAGGAGUAGAGGUUUAUCAAGCCUUGCUCCCAUUGUUGAAGACAUUUCUGCACUUGAGAGGGAGAUUGUGAGAAGAAGAAGGGAAAAAGAGCAACAGGCUCACAUUCAGAGGUUGGGGUUUGACAUGGAGAACCUGCCUCAAGAUAGAGCUGCUGAAGAUGGUCAAGGAGCUGCCAACCUUGGACCACGACAUCCACAACGCCAAGCUAGAGCAAUUGGUGCCCAUGAUCAGCCUAACAUCCAUGGAAAUAGGGCUGGCAUUAGAGCACCAGCUGUGGAGAACAACAACUUUGAGAUCAAGUCAAGCUUGAUCAACAUGAUCCAAAGCAACAAGUACCAUGGGCUUGCUUUGGAAGAUCCUCUAGAUCACUUGGACAACUUUGAUCGGCUGUGUGGCACCAUCAAGAUAAAUGGUGUUUCUGAAGAUGCAUUGAAGCUUAGGCUGUUUCCAUUCUCUUUGGGAGAUAAAGCUCACACAUGGGAGAAGGGUCUCUCAAGAGAUAGCAUCCGAACAUGGGAUGAGUGCAAAGAAGCCUUCCUCACCAAGCUCUUCUCUAACUCAAGAACUGCAAAGCUUAGGAAUGAGAUUUCAGGAUUUCAACAAAGGAAUCUAGAAGGUUUUGGUGAAGCAUGGGAACGAUUCAACAGCUACAUUGCUCAGUGUCCUCAUCAUGGUUUCACCAAGGAAAGCUUGCUUAGCACCUUCUACAGGGGAGUUCUCCCAUCUUGCAGAAAUUGGCUUGACACAGCUAGCAAUGGUUUCUUCCUGGGCAGAACUGAGCAGGAUGCAGAGGAGCUGGUGGAGAACAUGGCAAAGAGUGACUCAGUUUACAAUGAGGAGUAUGAUAGAGCAAGCAGAGGUGAGGAUCAGCAGACAAAGAAGGAUAUCAAAUCAUUGCAAGACAAAAAGGAGCCUAACUUUCAGUACAACAACUACCAGCCGAGGUCUUAUCAAAACAACCAGCAAGGAGGAUACCAACCUAAGCAAACCACUCAACAAGGGAACUAUCAGCAAAGGCAAAAUGCCCCUCCUGGUUUUGGUAACACAAAUCAGUCUACUCAAGCUCAAGGAAGCUCAUCUCAGUCCAAGGCUCCCGAUUCAAACAUGGAGUCAAUGUUCAAGCAGAUCAUGGAAGCUCAGUCUAGAGUUGCAAAGGAUAUUGGGCAUGAGUUCAAGACAGUGCACUCCAAGAUUGACAGUACCUACACAGAGCUGAACAACAAGAUCAGGGCUUUGGAGAGCCAAUUUGCUUCUAUGAACUCUCAGCCUAGUCGCCAACAAGGAACCCUACCUGGAAAACCUGAGCAAAACCCCAAAAAAACAAUGAAGGCAAUUACUUUGAGAAGUGGUAAAGAGUUGCCUCCAAGAGUACUCACCAAGGAUGGUGAGAAACAGGGUGGGGAGGUUGCCAUCAACAUUGAUGAUGAGGUAGUAAUUGUUGAUGAGAAGGUUGAUGAGGAAAUUAUGGAAAAUAUUGUGGAAGCUAAGGGCAAAGGAAAGGUUGGAGAGGAGAAGAGAACAGUGAAGCAAGGUGAAGCUACAUCAAAAGAUACUUCUUUUGUCCCUCCUCCCUAUGAGCCUAAGUUACCUUUCCCAGGAAGAUUCAAGAAGCAACUAUUGGAGAAGUACAAGGCACUCUUUGAGAAGCAGAUGAGUGAAGUGCAUAUUACAAUGCCCAUCAUAGAUGCCUUUAUGCUUGUUCCUCAGUAUAGCAAGUUCUUGAAGGAUGCUGUGGCUGCUAAGAAGAAAGAAAUGGAAGGAAUGGUGGUUCUUACUCAUGAGUGCAGUGCCAUCAUUAAGAGGUUAACAAUCCCUAAGAAGCUAGAAGAUCCAGGAAGCUUCACUCUACCUUGUGCCAUUGGUCCCCUGAUGUUUGAAAGGUGCCUAUGUGACUUGGGAGCUAGUGUUAGUCUCAUGCCUUUAUCUGUAGCCAAGAAGCUUGGGUUUAGCCACUACAAGAAGUGCAAACUCUCCUUGGUGCUUGCUGAUCGCUCAGUGAAGUUUUCCAUUGGAAUUUUGGAAGAUCUCCCCGUGAUGGUGGGAAAUUGUGAAAUCCCUACUGACUUUGUGGUGCUAGAGAUGGAUGAGGAAGCUAGAGAUCCUUUGAUCCUUGGAAGACCAUUCUUGGCCACAGCAGGAGCAAUUAUAAAUGUGAAGGAGGGAAAGAUAGAUCUCCACUUGGGUAAGGAGCACAUCCUCCACUUUGACAUCAAUGAGAUAAUGAAGAGGCCAACCAUCCAAGGGCAGAUCUUCUACAUAGAGGAAAUGGAAGCUUUAGCUGAUGAGCUGCUUGAAGAGUUAGCACUGGAGGACCCUCUACAGCAUGCCUUGACAGUUGAUAGAGGAGUCCAAGUGGUUGAGAACAAGGAAAGUGAUGCUUAUGGAAGGAUGCUGGAUUCACACAGAGGGUUUGAGAGUGAGGAUCAGUAUGAGGCGCUUCAACAAGUGGUUCAUCAAGAGACAGCAUCCACUCAACAAAAGGACAGUCACCAAGAGGAUUGGGAUGAACUCAAGGCACCUAAGGUGGAACUUAAACCCCUUCCCCAUGGUGUAAGGUACGCUUUCCUUGGCCCUAAUGAGACUUACCCUGUCAUUGUGAGUAGUGAGCUUACUGAACUUGAAUUGUCUCAACUGUUGAGUGCGCUUAAGAAGUUUAGGAAAGCAAUAGGGUAUUCUCUAGAUGACAUCAAAGGGAUAUCACCUUCUUUGUGCAUGCAUAGGAUACAUCUAGAGGAUGAAUCAAUGACUUCUAUUGAACAUCAAAGAAGGUUAAACCCUAAUUUGAAAGAAGUUAAAGGUGGUAUCACUGUUGUGAAAAAUGAUAAGAAUGAGUUGAUCCCCACUAGAACUGUAACUGGACAUAGGAUGUGCAUUGAUUAUAGAAAGUUAAACUCUGCAUCUAGAAAGGAUCAUUUUCCAUUGCCAUUUAUUGAUCAGAUGCUUGAGAGACUUGCAAACCAUCCUUUCUAUUGCUUUCUUGAUGGGUAUUCAGGGUUCUUCCAAAUCCCCAUACAUCCCGAUGAUCAAGAGAAGACGACAUUCACAUGCCCUUAUGGUACCUUUGCCUAUCGAAGGAUGCCAUUUGGGUUAUGUAAUGCUCCAGCCACCUUUCAAAGGUGCAUGAUGUCUAUCUUCUCUGAUCUCAUUGAGGAUGUUGUGGAGGUGUUCAUGGAUGACUUCUCUGUCUACGGAUCUUCGUUUUCUGCUUGUUUGUCCAACUUGUGCAGGGUCCUACAGAGAUGUGAAGACACCAACCUUGUGCUGAACUGGGAGAAGUGUCACUUCAUGGUCAAAGAGGGAAUUGUACUUGGACACAAGAUUUCAGAAAGAGGCAUCGAAGUGGACAAGGCUAAGAUUGAGGUGAUGGUUAGUCUACCUCCACCAAAGACUGUGAAAGACAUAAGGAGUUUCCUUGGCCAUGCUGGGUUCUACAGGAGAUAUGUCAAGGACUUCUCAAAGGUUGCUAGGCCAAUAACCAAGCUGCUAUGCAAAGAAGCCGCUUUCAGCUUUGAUUCAGAUUGUCUUGAAGCUUUCAAGGAGCUGAAGAACAAUUUGGUCAAUGCUCCUAUUGUUCAGCCACCCGAUUGGAGUCUCCCCUUUGAAAUUAUGUGUGAUGCAAGUGAUUUUGCUGUUGGAGCUGUUUUGGGGCAGAAAAAGGAUGGCAAGACUCAUGUGAUCUACUACGCUAGCCAAACCUUGAAUGAUGCUCAAGUGAAGUAUUCCACAACUGAGAAGGAGAUGCUAGCCAUUGUAUUUGCCUUUGAGAAGUUCAGAAGCUACUUGGUUGGGUCAAAGGUUAUUGUCUACACUGAUCAUGCAGCUUUGAGACACCUCUUGGCCAAGAAAGAUGCUAAGCCAAGAUUUUUGAGGUGGAUCCUUUUGCUUCAGAAGUUUGACUUGGAGAUUAGAGACAAGCCGGGCAUUGAGAAUGGAGUAGCUGAUCACUUAUCUAGGAUGAGGAUUGAAGGUGAAACCCCCAUUGAUGAAGGGCUUCGUGAGGAACAGGUCAUGGCCAUCAGGGCAGUGCCUUGGUAUGCAGAUUUUGUGAACUACCUUGUCACAGGAAAGGAACCAUUAAGACUUGAAGGUUAUUCCAAGAAGAAGUUCUACAAGGAGUUGAAGAGGUACUAUUGGGAUGAACCUUUUCUUUUCAUCCUUUGCAAAGACCAUCUCUAUAGAAGGGCAGUGGCUGAAGAAGAGGUUGAUGGAAUCCUACAACAAUGCCAUGGUUCUUCAUAUGGAGGGCAUUUUGCAACUUUCAAGACAGUGGCUAAGGUUCUACAAGCUGGAUUUUGGUGGCCUCAUAUGUUCAAGGACACACAAGAGUUCAUCUCAAGGUGUGAUUCUUGCCAAAGGAGAGGGAACAUCACAAAGAGGAAUGAAAUGCCUCAAAACCCAAUUCUUGAAGUGGAAGUAUUUGAUGUUUGGGGCAUAGACUUCAUGGGACCUUUCCCCUCUUCUUAUGGCAACAAGUACAUCCUAGUGGCUGUAGACUAUGUGUCUAAGUGGGUUGAAGCAGUUGCAAGUCCUACAAAUGACUCAAGAGUGGUGUUGAAGAUGUUUAAAAGCAUCAUUUUUCCAAGGUUUGGAGUUCCUAGAGUGGUGAUAAGUGAUGGAGGCUCACAUUUCAUCAACAAACUUUUUGAGAAUCUUCUCAAGAAGAAUGGAGUGAAACACAAGGUUGCAACCCCUUAUCACCCUCAAACCAGUGGUCAAGUUGAAAUCUCUAACAGAGAGAUCAAGGGUAUCUUGGAAAAGAUUGUGGGAGUCAAGAGGAAGGAUUGGUCAGACAAGCUUGAUGAUGCACUUUGGGCCUAUAGGACAGCAUACAAGACACCAUUGGGAACCACCCCUUUCAACCUUGUGUAUGGGAAAGCUUGUCAUCUACCAGUAGAACUUGAGUACAAGGCAUUGUGGGCUGUGAAAUUACUGAACUUUGACAUCAAGAAUGCAAAAGAAAAGAGACUUUUUCAGCUUCAUGAGCUUGAUGAGAUUAGGAUGGAUGCUUUUGAGAACUCAAGGAUCUACAAGGAGAGAACCAAAGCCUUCCAUGACAAGAACAUUUUGAAGAGAGAGUUAAGAGCUGAUGAUCAGAUACUCCUCUACAACUCUAGGCUGAAGUUGUUUCCAGGGAAGCUCAAAUCAAGGUGGUCUGGACCUUUUAAGAUCAAGGAAGUUAAGCCUUAUGGGGCAGUGGUUCUUUGGGAUAAGAAUGGAGGAGAGUUCAUAGUGAAUGGACAAAGAGUGAAGCUCUAUUUGGGUACUACACCAAAGGAAGAUGGAUUCUCAAUUCCACUUUCUGAACCAACCUCAACCUAG